AUGGCCACUUCAAAAACUAAAGGUUCAACCUCAACCACACCAGCAGUUUCUACGAAUACAACGGUAACUGUUGGCAGUUCGGCUUCAACAAAGCAUUACGGAAUAAAUUCUGUUGCUGGUGAACUUAGUGCAAAACGGGUCGCAAAAGGAAAAGAAGUUGUUGGAAAAGAAAUUGCUGCUCCUGAUUUUAAUACCUUCGAUAUUUCAGUAUUGCGUAGAUAUAAACGGAUUCAUAAGCUAAAGGUCAAGGACUACGCAUCUAAAGAGGAAUUAGUUAGCGCUGUUUCUCGCCAUUACGCAUCUCAAGCUCCUAAAGAGGUCGAUGCUAUUUCAAAUUUUAUUUAUUCUGUUCAUCACAAAG